AUGGCCUGUGUCAGUGCGCUCAUGGCCUGUGUCAGUGCCCCUAAUGGCCAGUGUCAGUGCCCCUCAUUGCCAGUGUCAGUGCCCCUCAUGGCCAGUGUAAGUGACCCUCGUGACAAGUGUCAGUGCACCUCAUUGCCAGGGUCGGUGCCCCUCAUGGCCAGUGUCAGUGCCCUCAUUGUCAGUGGUCGGUGCCCCUCAUGGCCAGUGUUAGUGCCCUCAUUGUCAGUGUCAGUGACCCUCAUGGCCUGUGUCAGUGAGCUUAUGGCCUGUGUCAGUGCCACUUAUGGUCAGUGUCAGUGCCCCUCAUUGCCAAGGUCGGUUCCAUUCAUGGCCAGUGUCAGUGCCCAUCGUGGCCAGUGUCAGUGCCCCUCAUUGCCAGGGUCGGUGCCCCUCAUGGCCAGUUUCAGUGUCCUGAUGGCCAGUGUCAGUGCCCCUCGUGGCCAGUGUCAGUUCCUCUCAUUUUCAGGGUCGGUGCCCCUCAUGGCCAGUUUCAGUGCCCUCAUGGGUCGGUGCCCCUCAAGGCCAGUGUCAGUGCCCUCAUUGUCAGUGUCAGUGCCUCUCAUGGCCUGUGUUAGUGAGCUUAUGGCCUGUGUCAGUGCUCCUCAUGGCCAGUUUCAGUGCCCCUCAUUGCCAAGGUCGGUUCCAUUCAUGGCCAGUAUCAGUGCCCAUCGUGGCCAGUGUCAGUGCCCCUCAUUGCCAGGGUCGGUGUCCCUCGUGGCCAGUUUCAGUGUCCUGAUGUGCCCCUCAUGGCCAGUGUCAGUGCCCCUCAUUGCCAAGGUCGGUGCCCCUCAUGGCCAGUGUCAGUGCCCCUCAUGGCAAUUGUCAUUGUUCCUCAUUGCCAGGGCCGGUGACCCUCAUGACUUGUGUCAGUGCCCCUCGUGGAUAGUGUCAGUGCCCCUGGUGGCCAGUGUCAUUGCCCCUCAUGGUCAGUUUCAGUGCCCCUCAUUGCCAGGGUCGGUGCCCCUCAUGGCCAGUGUCAGUUUCCCUCAUGGCUUGUGUAAGUGCCCCUCAUGGCAAGUGUGGGUGCCCCUCAUGGCCAGUGUAAGAGCCCCUCAUGGCCAGUGUCAGUGCCCCUCAUGGUCAGUGUCGGUUCCCCUCAUGGCCUGUGUCAGUUCACCUCGUGGCCAGUGUCAGUGCCCCUCGUGGCAAGUGUCAGUGCCCUCAUGGCCAGUGUCGCUGGACCUCAUGGCCAGUGUCAGUGCCCCUCAUGACCAGUGUCAGUGUCUUCAUAGUCAGUGUCAUUGCCCCUUAUGA